CGUUUGGUGCUUCACGUUGCACGUUAUUGCGUUGUUAAUUUCUUCAGCAGGACUUUUAUUUAAAAUAAAAUAAAAAAAAAAAAACCUUCAGUUUACCACAUGUGUGCAUCGAAGUAUAGUGAAAAUAUAAAACACAUAUAUAUAUAUUUAUAACACACUACCAAUCAGCAUCGCGUUUACUAUAUAUAUAUAUAUUUUUUUUUUUUCGUAUAAAUAUAUCUAUAUAUAUUAACUUCAUUGGUAAAUACAUAAAAAAAAAAAUUAUUAUUUCACUCGCGCAGGCGCAGUAAACGUAUAACUCUCUGCCGCGGUUCUCAUUCAUAUGUGUGUGAGGGGGGGUUUGUGUGUGUUGAAAUUUGACUAGGCUCACUAGGCGGCAAGCAAGAUAAGAAACAGACAAUGUGGCCAACAUAUAGGCUUCAAUACAAGCUUAUCAUAGACACAACAAAAUAAUACAUAUACUGUUGAGUGAGAAUUCAAACAAAAAUAAUACGUUAAAAUUAUUACUAUUAUUAUUAAUGUUAAUAGUGAUAAAAACUAGUGUACAAGUGUAAAUAAUUGUGUUGUGUUUAUUUACGUUACUACGCUUCUUAAUUAUUAAGACUUAUUAUUUUUUUUUUUUGUUAAUUAAUUUAAUUAUAUUAUUAUUAUUAAAGUUAAAUGUCUCUAGUUGUUGGUCGAUUCAAAUUUGUGUCGGCAAGUGUGUUUUUAUAUUUUUUAGAUAAUGUGUAUGGAUGUUCAGUCUAACGAAAUGGGAGACAGGAGUUUAGAUGACGAUGUGCAGAUUGUUAGGUGUAGAAUUGAAAAACGGACAAUUGAUAAAGUAUCAGUAAAACAAGAGCGACCAGAUGAAGCGGAAAUCCGUGAAUUGGCUGCCAAAAUGGUGGAAGCAAACAAGGCGAAAAUGUUAACAGCAAUACCUGGUGCAUCACAAAGACCAGCUGGUGCAGCUCAAUCUUGUACAAUGCUUGGUUAUUUAACGGGUAAAAAAACAAAUGAUACAACAACAUCAAAAACAACAACAGUUGAGGGUAAAGUACCACUUGAUGAUGAAAGUCAACGUGGUAAAUUUGGUUGGAUAACAUUUGACAAAUCUUUUAUACCAUUUAUUUAUCGUGGUAGUGAAAAAUAUUGUGCUGUUAGAAUACUUGAAGCAAAGCUAUUGAAUAAGUACCUGACAUUUCUUCAUGCUGAUAUAUACAGUUGUACAUGUAUUAAAAGUUAUUUUAUAACUGAAGCUGAAAGUAAAUUAUUCAAUGAAAUAAAUAUAAAACAUUGUGAAAAUCAAUUUGGUAAAGAACAAUUUACAACAAAAGAUCUUGUUGUUAGAUUAUCUGAUGCCAAGGAAUUUUAUGCAUUUCUUGAUGUUUGUUAUACUAAAUUAACAAGUCAAAAUGUAACAACUGGACAAAAAAGUGAAAAAUGUGGUUUUAUACGUAUUAAUAAAGAAUCAGUUGUUCCUUAUACUGUUAAAGAUAAUUUAAAAUAUGUACCAUUAUUUUAUUUUGAAGGUGAAACAGAUAAUCUUAAAUUAAAAGCUGAAAAACUUGAGGGUUGGGAUUUAUCAUAUUUAAAAUUUUGUUGUAAAGUACAGGGUAUAAGAAAUGAAUUAUUUUCAAGUGAAACAUGUUCAGUUAUAAGUCUUAGUGACAUUAAAAGUUAUUUUCCACCUGGUACUGGUUUUGAAGAUUAUUGGCCAAGUAAAGUUACAGAUUCACAAUUAUUUGGUGGUAAAAGUGGUCCAUCAGCUGGUGGAUGGACUAAACAACCACCAGCACCACCAUCAUCAUCAUCAUCAAAAUCAGUGACAGUUCAUAAUAAUAAUAACAAUAAUAAUAAUAGUAAUAAUAAUAGUAAUAAAAAUUCAUUAAAUACAAGAACAUCAACAUUACAAAAUAUGGUUACACGUAAUUCAACAAAUAAUUCAAAUAUGUGUCAAGUUAGUCAAUCAAGAUCAUCAUCAACAACACAUCAAUCACAUCCAUCACCAACAGGAGUAUCAUCAAAUGUUAGAUCAUCAAAUAAUUCACAACAAAUGAUUAAUUCUGUACCAGCUGGACUUAAUGGUUGGUCUGGUCUUGUUGGUGGACAAGCUGCAUUUCAGCAAGCAACUCUAGUUCCUCAAUCAAAUUCAAUCAUAAGAAUGCCAACAAAUUCAUCAUUAAAUAUGCACAAUCAAAUGACAACGUCCAAAGGAUAUGCACAACAACAACAGCAACAGCAGCAACAACAGCAGCAACAACAGUCAAGAAGUAACAGAAGUGGUAGUAGCAAUUCACAACAGUAUCCAUCAUAUCCUGUAACCACCAUGCAAGGAUCAGCUCAGCCUCAACCACCUCCUCUUGUUAGACCAUCAAGUCAUUCAAAUCAAUCUAAUCUUGGGGGAGGAUCAGCAUAUGCAACAUCAAAUUUAUCAAGUACUUAUCCACAAAUGCUUAAUUUAAGUAAUGAACAAGUACAUGCAUUAUUGCAUCCUCAAUCAUCAGCAUCAGCUUUGAUGUCACAUAAUCAACGACAUACACCACCUGCACAUAAUACAUCUCAUCCAAAGUAUCCACCACCAUUGAUACCAGUUGCUAAUGGAUCAUCUAAUAAUUCAGGUCAUUUACCAAGAAGAAAAGCAUUGAUACCAAUCUCGGAACCAAAUCCAUCAAGUAGCACAAUUGCACCAUAUAAUGUACAAAAAGCACUUGUUGCUGAAAAAUUUGUUCCAUGUAUCAAUUUUAAACCUUACAUAUAUUCUGAAUUACUAAUGACACUGCCUGAUUUUGUCCAAAAUUUUUUUCCUGAUCAUAAUGUUGAAAGUUGUCGACAUGUUAUGACUGAAGUACUUGGAGUUGACUUGUAUCGAGGAAAUAGGUAUCAAAUGAAAAAAUUAUUGGAAGCUGAAAAAUGUUCAUCAAUAAAUGACGAAUUACCUCUUGUACAAGUGAGUAAUUUAUUGAAAUAUAUGCCACAAAUGAAAUACAUGUUACGAAGUAUGCCAACACCAGCUCAUUCACCAGAAGAACAUUCUGCUAAAAAACGUCAACGUACAAGCUAGGAUUGGCUCCAGCCUUACUGGCCCACAUAUGAUUAUUAUCAUUCGGCAUUUUAAUAGUGUUGUGUGUCGUUUGAAAAUAAUUUAACGAAAAUAACAAAAGAAAAAAAAAAUGUUAUACGCGUGUGGGAAUAUUGUGGUGGCACGUGACAAUUGUUUCUUAUUUAUAAAUGAUUUGCAAUAUAUAUUUUUUUUUAUUUGCAAUGAAUUAAGCUAGAUGAGAAUGCGUGCACACACGUAAGGCUUCUCAUCAUCAUCAUCAAAACAAGUAUUUCAGUUAAGUGAGCGCUGUUAUUCUUCGAUUUGUGACUGACUCUAAAAUUACAUUUAAUAAAUAAAAAUAAAUAAUGAAAAUAAAGAAAAAGAAAAUUAUAACAAUAGUAAAUGUCAUGAAAUUUAUUUAACAAAUGAAAAAAAAAAAAAAUUAAAAGAUAAACAAAAAAUAUGUUUAAAAAUAUCAAGUGAUUUUUAUUUUUAUUUUUUUUUCGAUUUGCACAAAGUUUUGAUAAAGGUACCAUCAUGUUACGAAUAGUUAUCAAAUAAUAUCCGGUAUUUUAUAGCUUUCAUUAUUAACAACAAAAUAAAUUUUUUGUUUAUUUUUUCUUUUUUAUUUUAAAACCCUGGCGAGUGUCGCAACUUUAUUACACAUUUAUUAUUUUUUUUUUCUUAUUUUGUUUUUUAUUUUUAUUUAUUUUUUUUUCAUAUUCAUGGUUGGUGGUUUUUUUUUUUAAGUUGAAUUUGUUGAAGCCCAAAGAAAUUCAUGGACUUUUUAUAGAUACCCAAUAUUUAAAAUGAGUAAAACAGUUGCAUGUCUGGCAAUGAGUUCAAAGUAAUAACAAAAUAAUAAUUUUUUAAAUUAUUAUAAAAGAAAAAAAAAGGAGGGCUUAAUUUACAAGUUAACUAAUGAAAAUAUAUAAUUUUUUCUACUUCUAUCACAUAAAUUUGAUUCGAAAUAUAAAAAAUUCUGUUGAUGGAUUGAAAAUACGUGGGACUAUUCGUUCUGUCUUAUAAUUAAUAUAAAUAUUUUAAAAGUUUUUUUCUUUUAAACUAUAAAACAAUUAACAAAUUUAAAUAUUGUUAUUUUUUUUAUAAAAAAAAAAGCUAUCCUCAUUUUUUUAUUAAUAAUUAAAUGAUAUAAAAAAAGGUACUAAUUUAAUUAAUUAUUAAACCAAAAAAAAGAAGAAAAUUACGUCAACUAAAAUAUCGAACAUUAUUUGUUUUAAGCUUUCGAAACACAUUAUCAAUAUUCAUCUCAAUAAUUAUUUUACAAACAUAACGAUUGAGUACAAUUUAAAAAAAAAAAAAUCAAAUAAAAUGUGUGGUCAUGAGUGUACAGUGCAAAAUUAAAAUUGAUAUUUUUAUUCAUAAAAAAAAA